AUGGAAGUUAGUGACAGGGUAAUGGAAGGCAGAGCCUAUUUCAAUCUCGGCACUACUUCUCUGAGCCUUAAUGAAUUCCAAAGAGUAAUAGAGUACUACAAUAAAUACCUCAUCAUUGCUAAGGAAGUUGGUGACAGGGCAGGGCAAGGCAAAGCCUAUGCCAAUCUCGGUGUUGCUUAUUGUCGCCUUAAUGAAUUGCGCAGAGCAAUAGAGUACACCAAUAAACACCUCAUCAUUGCCGAGGAAGUUGGUGACAGGACAGGGCAAGGCGAAGCCUAUGCCAAUCUCGGUGUUGCUUAUUGUCGCCUUAAUGAAUUCCAAAGAGCAAUAGAGUACACCAAUAAACACCUCAUCAUUGCCGAGGAAGUUGGUGACAGGGCAGGGCAAGAAAAAGCCUAUGCCAAUCUCGGCCUUGCUUAUCGCAGCCUUAAUGAAUUCCAAAGAGCAAUAGAGUACUUCAAUAGACAGCUCAGCAUUGCCGAGGAAGUUGGUGACAGGGAAGCGCAAGGCAUAGCCUAUAACAAUCUCAGCAGCAGUCAUUCCGCUCUCGGCGAAUUUCAACGAGCAAAAGAGUGCCACGAUCAAACCCUCAUCAUUGCCGAGGAAGUUGGUGACAGGGCAAUGCAAGGCGGAACCUAUGCCAAUCUUGGCAGCCUUUAUCACAGCCUUGAAGACUUUCGACGAGCAAAGGAGUGCCACGAGAAAGCGUUUAGCAUUUUCAAGGAAGUCGGUGACAGACAAGGAAAAGGACAUGCCCAUUUAAGAAUCGGCGCGGUUUAUGAUUCCCUCGGCGAUUUGCCACGAGCAAUGGAGUACUACAAGCAAUCCCUGAGCAAUGCUGAGGAAAUCGAUGACAGGAAAGGACAAGGAAAUGCCUAUUGCCACCUCGGAAGUUGUUAUGAAAAACUCGACGACUUCAAGCAAGCAAUAGAGUGUUACAAGCAACACCUAAAUAUUGCCGAGGAAAUCGGUGACAGGACGGGAGAAGCAUGUGCCCAUGCCCGUCUGGGUCAAUCUUUUUUGUAUUCAUAUUCUUUGAAUGAGGCUUUAGAACAUUUUAGAUGCUGUGUUAAAAUCUAUGACAGUAUUAGGGCCCAUUCUAUCUCGGAGGAUCAAUUGAAAAUAAGUUUCCGUGCGCAACAUCAAUUUGCCUAUACUCAUUUAUGGCUGGUUUUAGUAAUGCUUGAAAGGAAUGAUGAGGCUUUAUACGCCGCUGAGAGGGGACGGGCACAGGCUUUGCUCGAUGCCUUAAAAGAAACUUAUGGCCUUACAUCACCUUCUCCCAGGUCAAUUGAAUCUGAAGAAGAAGUCAGAAAUAUUUCAAGGAAGACAACUGUUUUGACAGUUUUUCUUGCCCUUCAUUUGAAAACAGUGAAUAUGUGGGUGUUGGGAAAAGAAGAACACCCUAUCUUUAGGCAAUUGAAGUUACAAGGAAUUGGAAAAGAGCACGAAGAUUCCUUUUCUGUCCUUUUAGACAUUGUUUUAAAAACCAUUGGGGCUGGCAGAGGUAUCAGGUGCGAAAAUCGGUCAAUGGAUAAGCUGAGUACAACAACUUCAACUACUCGAGACGAACAUCCAGCAUCGGAGGCAUCACAGGAGACCACCGACUGUUUGCAGCAAUUAUAUGAUGUACUUAUUGGUCCCACUGAAGACUUGCUUGAUGGUGAUGAACUAAUUGUAGUUCCUGAUGGCGCUUUGUCUAAAGCUCCUUGGGCAGCCCUGAGUGAAACUUUAAGGAUCCGCAUUGUUCCCUCACUGACAAGUUUGAAACUCAUCACAGAUUCUCCAAUUGAAUACCACAGUAAAAGUGGAGCCCUGCUUGUUGGAGAUCCAUGCUUGAAGAAAAUUACAGAUAGACGGGGGAACCCCAUUUAUGAUCCACUGAAGCACGCAAAAGAGGAAGUAGAGAUGAUUGGAGAAAUUCUAAAGAGUUAA